UAACUUUCCUUAGCAUGCAGAGGAGCGAGUGUCUGAGUCACAAAGCUUUUGCGGGAGAGUUGAUCAUCAUACAGUAGUCUCUCCGGUGAUUUUAAAAGAUUUGGCUCGAAAUGACGACCCAGCAGCCCCCUCUCUCCCAGGAGAUUCUGGCUCAGUGUAACCAGCAGGCCAUGGAACCAUGGGGCUCCCGGAAGCUUCGACAGAGCCGCCAAGGCUCCAUCUCCACCCUCCGCAGCUCCCUGUCUAGGGACCAACAGCAGCAGCAACAUCCCCGGUACCCUCUUCUACUCCCAAGGGGCUUCCUCCCUAUCGAGUCCUCAUCCAGGAGGCCCAAUAUCAGCAACCCAAACUCCCCUUUAAUACGCCGGGACUUGGUCGCCCUGACCAAGCGUUUUUCUUUUGGCGGUUGGCUUCAGGGCAGUCGGGCCAGUUUCUCUGGGUUGCCCCUACAUCAGCCUGUCCAGCUAGAGAACACCUAUAAGACUGAACCAGAGAAGGGAUGUCUUUUUAAAGCCAGUAAGGUCCAGAAGCUUGUGCAAGACAUGCUGGAUAGUUAUCUGGAUGGGGCCAGCUAUAACGCAGCCUCAGGCAGCCAUCUUAGCCAGAUUCUGUCAGACAUGGUGAAGAGCAAAGUGAAAGAGAUGAGUCCUCCGCGGUACAAGCUGGUGUGUCAGGUGGUGGUGGGGCAGAACAGGAGCCAGGGUCUACAAGUGGCCAGUCGCUGUCUUUGGGACUCGCAACAUGACGACUUUGCAGUUGCCAUGUUCCAAAACCAUUCUCUUUUCACGUUGGUCAUAGUCCAUGGAGUUUAUUGUGAGUGAGUCAUACGCACUGGCAACAACUAUACUGAACAAAAAUAUAAAUGCAACAUGUAAAGUGAUGGUCCCAUGAUUCAUGAGCUGAAACAAAAGCUCCCAGAAAUGGUCCAUAGGCACAAAACAUUUCUUUCUCUCAAAUUUUGUGCACAAAUUUGUUGACAUCCUUGUGAGCAUUUGCCAAGUUAAUCCAUCCACCUGAUAGGUGUGGCAUAUCAAGAAGCAGAUUAAAAAGCAUGAUUGUUACUCAGGUGAACCUUGUGCUGGGGACAAAAAAGUCCACUAAAGUUCUCACGUCUCAAGUUGAGGGAGAGCGCAAUUGGCAUGCUGACUACAGGAAUGUCCACCAGAACUGUUGCCAGAGAAUUUUGUGUUUAUUUCACAAGCCUCCAGAAACAUUUGAAAGAAACUGUCAGAAAUUGUUUCAGGAAAGCUCAUCUACGUGUUCGGCGUAGUAACUGACUACAGUGGGCACAUGCUGACCUUCGACGGCCACUAGCACGCUGGGGAAGGGUGCUCUUCACUGAUGAAUCCUGGUUUCAACUGUACCGGGCAAAUGGCAGUGUGUAUGGCUUUGUGUGCGCGAGCAGUUUGCAGAUGUCAACAUUGUGAACACAGUGUACCAUGGUGGCGGUGGGGUUAUGUUAUGGGCAGGCAUAAGCUACGGACAUGGAACAAAAUUGCAUUUUAUCAAUGGCAAUUUGAAUGCACAGAGAUACCAUGACAAGAUCAAGGCCCAUUGUCGUGCCAUUCAUCUGCCAUCACUUCAUGAUUCAGCAUGAUAUUGCACUGUUCCAUGUCGCAAGGAUAUAUUCACAAUUCCUGGAAGCUGAAAAUGUCUAUUCUUCCACAGCCUCCAUAAUCACCAAACAUGUCAACAAUUGAGCAUGUUUGGGAUGCUCUGGAUUGACGUGUAUGUGUUCCAGGUCCCACCAAUAUCCAGCAACUUUGCACAGCCAUUGAAAAGGAACAGGACACCAUGCCACAGGCCACAAACAGGCUGAUCCACUCUAUGCGAAUUAGAUGUAGCACGCUGCAUGAGGCAAAUGGUCACACCAGAAACUGACUGGUUCUCUGAUUUGCACCCCAACUUUUGUUUUUUAUUUUAAAGGUACAAUUGAAGUCAGAAGUUUUACACCUUAGCCAAAUACAUUUGAACUCAGUUUUUCACAAAUCCUGACAUUUAAUCCAAGUAAGAAUUCCCUGUCUUAGGUCAGUUAGGAUCACUACUUUAUUUUAAUGUGAAAUGUCAGAAUAAUAAUAAAGAGAAUAAUUUUC